UAUGUCAACUUUUUCUUUUCUUUUUUGUCAAGUUGCUGUUUUAAUUUUAGAAUACUAUAUGUAUAAAUACGAGAGAUCCUGAAGUUUAUGCUUUCAGAUAUCCAAAACAAGAGAAUUUGGAUUUUUAUAACAAAAUGGGAAGAGCUCCAUGUUGUGAGAAAAUGGGGUUGAAGAAAGGACCAUGGACUCAAGAAGAAGAUAGAAUCCUCAUCAAUCACAUAAACACUUUUGGCCAUUCCAAUUGGCGUGCUCUUCCCAAACAAGCUGGUUUGUUAAGAUGUGGGAAGAGUUGCAGACUCAGAUGGGCGAAUUAUUUGAAACCGGAUAUCAAACGUGGUAAUUUCACCAAAGAAGAAGAGGAUGCAAUAAUCAAUUUACAUCAAAUGUUGGGAAACAGAUGGUCAACUAUAGCAGCAAGAUUACCUGGUCGAACAGACAACGAGAUUAAAAACGUAUGGCACACACAUUUGAAGAAGAGGCUGCCACAAAACCAACAAGCCAACGAAACCUUAAAACAAAGUAAAAAACAAAGCAAGUUGGAGUUUGAUGUCGGUGCCAAACCAGAACAAAAUGAUGAUGAGAAGCCACAAUGUUCUAGUGACAUUUCAUCCCAUAAUAAUAAUAAUAAUAGUAAUAAUAGUAUUAGUAGUAGCGUUGUUACUACUAAUAAUCAUGACAGUAGUAACAAUAACUAUGAUGUUGAUUCGGCGGAAAAUAAUUUUGCAAUGGAUGAGGAUUUCUGGUCGGAAGUUUUGUCGUCUGAUAAAUCCAGCAGUGAAGGAAAUGGUGCUAUGGACAUUGGUGCUGACAAUUAUGAACUUCAAGUUGGUGAUGAAGGUGUGUUUAGUUCUGGUUCGUUGAGUUUAUGCGAAGAUAUGGAUUUUUGGCAUGAUGUUUAUGCGAGAGCUGAGGAAAUAACUGAGUUAUUAGAAUUAUGAUCCAUUGGAUUAUCAGUGUUUUUUUCUUAAACUGUACUAGUUGUAUGUUCAUUGGAUGAAAAGCAAAUCAUGUUUUUGUUUCAUUAUUUAGACUUAAGUUAAUUUUGCCGAAUAAUCAGAACCUGUUGGAGAGGAGUUUGUAUUUAUGUAAACGGUAAAUACUCUGCAUCUCUAGAAUUUUGUUGUACAAUCUAACUGAGGAAUAACUUGGGUCUGCCAGAUUUGGUAGAUUAUUUAAUGCAACAUGCUGUUUGUUAUGA